AUGUCUGAAUCGAACGAAAACGCCAUUACAUCCUCUCUAGAAACAAGUCCGACCCGAAUCGAGUUUUCUUGUCUCGGAAGUAAUUAUUCCAUCUCUGAGCGUGUGGUGGAAAUGAAAACCAUCGAGUCGAGCUCUCUUCAACGACCGUGGACCAUUUCGGAAAUUCAUUGGGAUCAAUUACCAAAAUUUAAAAAGAAACAAAAAUUAGAAUAUGGCAUGUUAUUGGAUGAUUAUUGUGAAUGGGUGAAAGAAUUGGAAAAGACAUGUUCUCUGGAUUUUAAAAUUGCAAUUUCGGAUUGGGAUUAUUGUGUGAAAAAAUUAGAAAAUCAAUUUUUACAAUUGGAAAUGAAAACGAGACAAUUUUUCUCAAAUCUUAGUAUUUAUCGAGGAGGUGAUAUUGAAAAACAAUUUUAUCAAUUGUUAGAGGUUGUUCAAAAAUUAUGUAAAAUUACAACUUUAUUUAUGGAAGAACGAAUGAGUGGUGAUUUACUCGUUUCAAAAGUCAAUCAAUCCAUGAUGCAGGGUCAACCAUUACAAUCUUCGAAGAAUUCCGAAAAAGAAUUAUCAUUGCCAACUCAUGUACAAUUGAUUGAGCAAAUUCUUGAGGAACAUGUAGCACGAGUCAUGUCCAGAAUUGACCAAUUCGAACAAGUCAAGAAAUUUGAAUUUGAUUCAAAUGUCACAUUGCUGCAACGAGUGGAAAAGUAUUCUCUGUAG